UUAAUUUCAUUCAUCUAUCACUAUCAAUUCAUUUUUCAUGAAUUGCGGAUAGCAUGUAAAUGGACUUGAGAAAUCCACAUUUUUUAUGAUUAGGCCCUUGUUUCAAUUUAAUAUAUUAUAAUUUAACGAAUAUACAACUCAAAGCAAUGUCUAGUAAUGCGGAAAUCACUGGCCCUGUGUCACAAGAAGACAUAGAGGCUGCGGAAAAAUUGAAAAAUGAAGCCAAUGAAUUUUUUAAAAAACAGAAUUACAACAGGGCCAUCGAAUUGUAUACAAAAGCAAUAGAGAAGAACUCGAAAAAUGCAGUCUUUUUCGCGAAUAGAAGUAUAGCGAAUCUACGAUUGGAAAACUUUGGGUAUGCCCUAAGCGACGCAUCGAAAGCAAUAGAGUUGGAUAGGGCUUACACGAAGGCCUAUUACAGGCGAGCGGCAGCUCAUAUGUCUUUAGGGAAAUACAAAUUAGCACUUAAGGAUUUUGAAUAUGUAACCAAAGUUAGGCCAAAUGAUCAAGAUGCAAAACUUAAAUUUAGUGAAUGCAAUAAAAUUGUCAAGAAAAUAGCAUUUGAGAAAGCUAUCUCUGUGGACAAAAAGGAGGUCAACAUUGCCGACUCAAUUAAUUUAGAUGCUAUGACCAUUGAAGAUGAGUAUGAAGGACCAGCCCUGGAGGAUGGCAAAGUGACUUUGAAGUUUGUUACCGAACUCAUGGAAUUUUAUAAACAACAGAAGAGAUUACACAAAAAAUAUGCUUACAAGAUCCUAAUUGAUGUCAAAGCAUACCUACAAAAACAACCUUCUCUCAUCGACAUAAAAGUGCCAGAUGAUGAAAAAUUCACAGUGUGUGGUGAUAUCCACGGGCAGUUCUAUGACCUUAUGAACAUAUUCCAAUUGAACGGGCUACCUUCAGAGAAAAACCCGUACCUGUUCAAUGGAGACUUUGUUGACCGAGGGUCGUUCAGCGUCGAAUGUAUCUUCACACUCUUCAGCUUCAAGUUGUUGUUCCCAAACCACUUUUACAUGUCGAGAGGUAACCACGAGACCCGGGAUAUGAACCACAUGUAUGGUUUCCAAGGGGAGGUGACCUCUAAAUACACCGCUCAUAUGGCAGACCUCUUCACUGAAGUCUACAACUGGUUGCCUCUGGCGCACUGUAUCAACAAUCGAGUACUGGUGAUGCAUGGUGGACUGUUUUCCAAGGAUGAUGUUACCCUGGACGACAUUAGGAAAGUGGAGAGGAACAAACAGCCUCCAGAGGAUGGCAUAAUGUGUGAAUUGCUGUGGUCCGACCCACAACCGAUGAUGGGGCGGGCGCCGUCGAAACGCGGCGUCGGCUGCCAAUUCGGGCCCGACGUCACCAACAAUUUCCUGCAGCGCAACGGUUUGGACUACGUGAUCCGCAGUCACGAAGUGAAGAACGACGGCUACGAGGUCGCGCACGACGGAAAGUGUAUCACCGUGUUCUCUGCGCCUAACUACUGUGAUACAAUGGGUAACCUUGGUGCUUUCAUCACAAUGACGGGCAAGGAUCUCACGCCCAAGUUCACAACCUACGAAGCAGUGCCACAUCCAGACAUAAAGCCGAUGGCGUACGCGAAUUCAUUCUUCAGUUUAUUAUGCCAAUGAUGAAACAAACUCGCACUUAGCCGUUUCUUUCAUAAAAGGGACAUAGAACUAUUACUUAUCACACUUAAAGCAAUUACAGUUUUACAACCACAGACUUGUAAUAUAAUGUUACACUAGCUUACUGCCACAAUGUCGUUUGCAGUUCCCAUUUGCGAUCUCAAGCUAAUGUGCUGCCAUCUAUAUGUUGUAUACUAGUCUUUAAUAUUUCAUCCGAUUGCAUCGAGUAAUUUUUUUGUAUAAGUUAAAACGGGUUGUUUAUGAUAAAUGAACUAUGUAGCUGUAUUACUUUUUUGUAUACAAAUUUUUGGGCACGUGUAUCAUAUAUUUACAGAUAUACAGGGUGUAAGGGAUAUAUUUCCGGAAGUAUAUUAUUGUACUCCUUAAUAAUAAAGAGCCAUAUUAAAAUAUGAAAAAAAUGUUUAAAAAUUUCUCAAUGUUUUCUCUUCAUUUGAGAAUCGAACAAAAAUCGCAACUCUACCUCAGCCAUCGACGUUACUCAAUUAUACAAAGAUAGGUGUGUACAAUAAAUGUUAUAUAAAAAAAAUACCCAUGGUUACAUACCACUGUCUCGUCUAUCUACUUUUUUUUAAGUUAACUCUGACGUAAUUCUUAUCUGUCUACGAUUGAUAGCACUACUCCUGUGGCGUAUUUGGAAUGUAUGACGUUAUAUAUCUUGAAGCAUUUAUUUUUUAUUUAUAUUAAAAAUAAACAUGUAUUUACAAUGCAUUUAUUGUCAAAAAACAUUGAACAAAAUAUUAUAAUAUCUGAUUGUUACCUUCAACAUGUUAUUUUUUUCCGUUAUUAUUAUUUAUUUAAACAUUAUACACACAUUUAGAAUAAUUGUAUCACGCCAAUAAAUUAAUGGCAGAAUUAAAAAAAAAAAGAAUAUUUUAUAUUCCACCGUUGUCGGCAUAAUUAUUGUAAUUUUUUAGUUUAAGCAACUCUUAAAGGUAAGCCUCUUAUAGGCUAUAAUCAAAAAAUACUAUAAUACUAUGUUAUAACACAAAAAUGGCAAAUAAUAAAAAAUAUGUUUGAAAUACAGUAGAAUCACGAUUAUCCGAAUCAAAUAAAAACAGGAUUAUUCCGUAUAAUCGAAAAUCCGGAUAAUCGAUUUCAACAUCAAAUCGAAUCGACUUUAAUAUUUUUUUCUAUUAUGUAAAAGGUUUUACAUACCUCAUUUAGAUAAUAUAAUAAAAAAAAAUACGAACUAUAAAUAUAAUGAAUUACAUAAGCCCUAUUUAUCCAAUUAAUACAUAAUACCAUUUCUAACUCGGUAGUUAGAGCCGUGAAGAAUAAGUUCGGAUAAUCGAAUAUUCGUAUAAUUGUUGUUCGGAUAAUCGAGAUUCUAAUAAUGCAAUAGGCAUCCUGUAUUUAAUAAACACAUAAUAAAUUUUUCCAAACACUCGAUUCAGUUAAAUUCUAUAUAUAUAUAUAUAAUUAUUUUUUAUGUAUACAUAAUAAUAAUUGGAUAAUAACGUAAAUUUAAUGUGACAUGAAAAUCGGUAUAGUCUAGCUAGUUUGAGAUCGUAAAAUUGCAAUAUAAAUGGGUUAACCAUUAAAACGAUAGCCGUACUAUAUACUUCAGUAUAUACGAUUCGUCCCCUAAAAACGGAAAACUCCUCUAAACCUAUUUUAACUAUUAGUUUUUGUCAAUGUCUUACAUAUUGAGAAAUUAGCGCGAAAGAAAAGGACAAGACACUUCAAUAGCUAAAAUAGAUUUAUAAGACGUUUGAAGUUUUGAUAAAUAAGGGGAUUAUUAGAGUUGACGCACGUUAUAGUUAAGGUUAGUUAGUUGAACACAGCUCAAUGGUAUUAUUAAAUCAUUUUUUUUAUAAAGUCAUGAGCAAAAAAUCGACUUCAAUCCUAAUAAAAUUACUAUUAUACUUCAGGAGAAAAUCCUAUCGUUUACAUAUAGUCAAUUUGAGGAAAAUAACAAAAUUCACACAAAAUAAAAAAAAAAUGUUAUUUUUUUUUAUUUUAGAGAUCAAAUAUUUUGUUUUCUAAAAGUAAACUUCUUUUUUCAAAUUGACAAAAAUACUAUUUCUUCUCCUUAUUCGAAAGAUUUACUUCCGAUAUCAAGUUUGCAGUUCCGAUAUAAAUACAAUCUAAAAAUUCCCUUCUUUUUAAGUUGGCUAAAAAUGUGCUGACGCCAUAAUUAGUACCAUCAGACAAUGGUUCUCGUUUAACAUCAAUCUUAACUUAUAAUGUGCUUUUACUCUACUCUCCGAUACAAUGACACGUAGAGCAAAUAUUUUUCUAAGACAAUAUACGCAAAAUGUACGCUCGAGGCGAGUCUAAAACCUGAAUUAGUUCAAUUUUUUAUUUCACAUGACUUCUGUCCUCGACUGUACAUUAUAUUAGAGCCCUCACCGCACGUUGGAUCCAAUGAAUUACAACAUGGAACCCGAUUCUAAAAUGUUCUCUUGUAAAUCUGUAAAAUUUACUAAUAUAACAGAGUAUAAUGGAAUUUGUAAAAGGUAAUGCUUUUGUAAUUUACAAUAACACGAUACGACACUGUACAAUUUUACCGUCACGUUAUAACAGGAAAGCAAAGAUUUUAACUAUAAAAAUAAUCGAAUCGAUUUACGUGUCUUUUAGGUGAGAUCUACAGUUGGCCUCAUCAUUGAAUCUUCCUGAAAUACAUAUAAGUCAAUCCGUUUAUUCAUUACAGUACAAUAUAAUGUGUAACUUACUUAAUUUUUAACAGUAAAAAUGUGUCCACUUGUGUGGAGAUUCUUUUAGAUUUUUUUUUACCAAGAUAUCGUCAUGCCAAAUUAAUACUAACAUUUCACUGCUCUAUUUAUCGUGGGGAUUUAAUACCGAUAUCUAAAACUAUUGUAUAGUGUAUAAAAAUAAACAUACGGACACUCAUCUAAACAGUUUUAAAUGCAUCGUAUUUAAAACGGAGCGUAGACGAUCUUUCGACUCUUCGAUCAAUCUUAUGAUCAAACUAACGGUUCUAUUUUCAAAAUUGUUUAAAAAAAAUAAUAUUUUAAACGUAAUUACUAAGAAGGACAAUUUAGAAUUGGGUUCGUUGUAUGUACAUUUUCCAAAUGUUUCAUUGUUAUCGACGCGCGGUGCUAGUGGAACGGCGAAGCAAUGGAUUUGCGACUGCAUAUUACUUGUACAUUCUAGUUUUAAGGCGUAGAUAUGUUAUUUUUAUUAUUUACAAUUAUGUAUAUCAUAUUGUGGCAAAAUUACAUUAUCCAGAUUAAGAAUAGAUAUUUGAUACACUGAAGUUCUGUUAACCGUAUUGUUCAAUCUGAAGUGGUAUGUAAGAAAAUGUGUUGUGAAUAGAAAGUGGGAAGUUGUAUUAUUGCUCAGUUUUAUUAUUGACGAUAUAUUAAAGUGUUGUCUUCCACGGACCAUACCCGAGUGACUCAAUAUAGGGAACUCUAUAUCCAUACGUGAAUGAAUUUUUUCUCGGCAAUUUUCAAGCUUAGAGGGUGGGGAACGGGCAAUUGCCCAAGGCGGCAAAGUUAAAAUUUCAGACCAUGAACACUGCCUGUUUCACAUAAAAGAGAAAUGAUCUUUAGACUUGUCUAUAAGCUCUUUUAAAUCGUAAUUUUUUUACAAUUUUACUACUGCGUUCAUAAUAUUAUCUGCUGGGAAGAAUCCACAAGAAACUAAAUUAUUAUGUACAAGAUAAUUUUACAUUUGCAUGGAUACUGUGACUAUAAAUUAGCAUUAAGUUCUAUUUAUAUGUAUUAUUAAAUGAAAAAUAAACAAACAAACACGAGCAGACCAGUGCCCACAAGCAGUACCCGUUCACGAGUAUGACGGAUGAGCCAACCAUCACUGCGCUCAAUUUAAUAUUUUAGGGAACUCAACGACUCGGCCCAUGACGCCAUUGCCAUCACACUACAUACAUAUUUAAAUAAUCAAAAUCUAUAUCCCGUCCCAUCAACUGUUAACUCUCCAUUACUGUACAUAGGUCUCCCCCAUAGGGGGGAUCUUACUAGUAGUUGCCACACUUGGCAGGCGAAUUGGUAAUCGCAGUUAGCUCCCUUAGCUGCCUCUUACGACACCUACGGAAAAGGAAGAGAUGAGCAAUUCUAUGCCGAAGUAACACGACCAAAUCUACACACAAAGGGCAAUUUCUGUUAUUUUGCUGAAUUUUAUUUAUUUAUUUAUUUAAUUACUUAUUUCAACAUAAAAAUAUACAAUGACAAGUGAAAUACAGUAACAUAAAUACAGAUUGAAAAAUACACAUAAAGGUACAAAAGGCGGUCUUAUCGCUAAGGCAAUCUCUUACAGACAAUCAUUGGUUAAAGGAGAACAGAUAGAAGUGAGUAGGUGGCGCAAGAGUGAAUUAAUAAUUUUUCGUGCAUAAAAUACAAAAACCUGUAAUGCACAAAAAUAUCAAAUACUAUAUAUAAUAAUAUAAUGUAUUAAACUACUUACUGUAACAAUAUAUAUAUAUAUAUAUAUAUAUAUAUAUAUAUAUAUAUAUAUAUAUAUAUAUAUAUAUAUAUAUAUAUAUAUAUAUAACAUUCAUACAAAAUACAUAAACAUACACAUAUAAAUACAUACAUAGCACACACAAGGAAAUCUGACAAAUCUAGUCCAAAAAAUUAUUUGAAAUAAAAAUUUUUUUUUUUUUUUUUCUCUUAAAUGACUAUUAGAGAGAGAGAAAGAGUGAGAUGUAAACUCCACUAGGCAAAUUGAGUCACGUGGGUUCCCCACAAAAGUAAAACUAAACAAUGUUUAAUAUUUAUUUCACAUGAUGAGCUAUGUUUCAUUAUAUUAAUAUUUUCAAAUGACUAUGAUUUUAACCAACAAUAUAGUAAGUUAUAAAAAUCUCGAACGUCAAAUUAACCUAGUUUAACUAUUGAAGUGUUUUAGUCUCUUACGAUUUUAACAUUUAAAAUUAAAUAAGAGUUAAAUCACACUAAUAGUUAAAAUAGAUUUAUUGUAUGUGUAAUUUAUGUAUUUAUAAUUACAAAAUAAAAAGCAUCGGGACUGAUUCUGGAAUAUCAAAUAUUGUCAAAAUAAUUCAUUCAUUUUAAAAAUAUAAAACCAAAAAUAACGACAGAGUUUUUCGGUAUAAAAUUAUAUCACAAAUUAAUGAAUUUUAGAUAUAUAUUAGUAAAUAAUGCUAUAGUAUUCAAAGAAUAGUGGAAUUCUGAAAUGGUUAUGUUUAAAAUUAAAGAUACAUUCAGAGGAUGAACUUUCAGAAUCUUUCCCAUUGCCUAUUUUAUGACGAACAAAUGUAUACUACUUCAAACUUGUCCAAAUGUGAUAUUCUUUAGUGGAUUUUGUGUAGUGAGCAUUCGACUUUGCUCAGGGAAAACGCCGCUCUUUUAAAUAAUUUAGUUUUAAGACACGAGCAGAUUACAGAUUGGUUAUAUGCUAGAAAAUUUAACUCGAAAUUUAACUAGAAAAUUUAACUUGAAAGUUAAAUAUCUACAUAUUUAACUUUCGUGCCAUACUUUUUUUUUGACUACAGCAUCCUGAGCAUACAGAGGUCUACGAUAUGAACUACAUGGUCCAUAAACACGACAAAUCGAAAAGAGAACUCGAUAAGUGCUUUUAAAAUAAAAAAAAAUCCACAAUUUUCAUGAUACAUACUAAUAAGUACUUAAAUAAUGCAAUAAUUUUCUACCAUAGCUACAUCACUAUCAAAAAUAAAAACACUAAAAAAAAUAUAGUUUCAAAACAAUAGGUUGACACUUUUAUUAGAUUAUAGAGUAGGUACUAUUACAGAUAAACCUUAGCAAACUAGUAAAAAAAUUUAUACGAUUAAUCGUCGAAUUCAAUCGAAUACGACGAUUAGUACUACUACUCGAUUCAUAAAAAACGUUAUCUAUAAUAAAAAAAAUUGUCUAUUAAUCUGUCAUCUGCUCGAGUCUCUAGAUGGCCGUUCAUAAAAUAAGUCAUUGUAUAUUAUUGUUUUUAGUUUUUAACUUUAAUUUUCUUAUCUAAGGCUAAACACAGGUUAUCAACUAGAGUUUAUCAUAAACUUCCUAACACCCUAUCUAACAGAUAUUGUGUGUAUUUCUUUCGACAAAUAUCUCAUUAUUUCAGUUUGCUAAAGAAAAAACUACAUGAUAACUAAACACAAACGAGAUAAACGAGAAUGUCAAUGAACAAAUUGUCGUGAGCCAUGCUUCUAAAUAUCCAGUGAUGGUAAACGUUGCUGUAAAAACAACGUUAAAUGCAUAUAUGUUUGACAUAAUAUAUUAAAAAAAAUAGUCCAAUCCAAUUCAAAAUUAAUAUGGGACCAUACCGAAAGAAAUUUUCAUUUAAAAAAAAAUAUAAUAUACUCCUAAUUGGCAAAGAUAUCGUAUAAUAUUUCUCAAAAAUAUAUAGUCCAAAUAUUAACCUUCCUCGUUUUUAAAUGGGUAAUUUAUACAUGAGUGCGUCAUCUUUGACGUCUAUUCGAUUUAAUCCCAAUUAGAUUACGUCGAAUCACGCCCUGCAACUUAUGUCAUAUCAAUAAUUGUAAAUUUAAUAGAAAUUGUUUACAAUGCAUAGACAUACACCAGAUAUUAGUCCGGUUCUACGACGGCACUACGGAGGCAGACAACGGACAAUGGUACGACCAAUUUUAGCCCAUAUAGAUCCCUAUAUGAUAACAGAGAAUGAUAGAACAAAUAGACUACCAACAAAAUAGUCCGUCGAUUAAAAGCAGUUAUUGUCCGCGGACUGAGAAUAGUAUUGUUUACAGGGUACAGAGGAAUAACACCUGAGUCCUCAGGAAUGGCAACGCAUGGGGGGUAUCAUGGGCGAAACAGUACACUCUGUUAUGUCCAUGGUACUGCUCAUGUCUAUAGGCGACGGUUACCGCUUUCCAUCAGGUGGGCCGUCAGCUUGUUUGCCAUUCUAAGUUGCAUAAAAAAAAAAAGAGUAGUAUACUCGUCGCCUUAACUUGAUAAAGGCCAUCGCAAACGAUACAUGUUUUCAAUAAAUGUUUCUUAUCAUAUUCUAAGCCUUAUCCUUGCAAUUAUAUGUGUGCGUUUUAGCAUACAAUUGUUUUCUUUAUUAACGAAAAUGUACUUCGAAGUUUAUCCAUCGUCUGCGUGAACCUUUUGUGUCACAUUUAAGUCGAAACACAUAUUUUAUGCACGGCCCCACACAAAUGAAAUGUAUUGUCGCCAUCUGUCGACGGAUUUUAGUUUUAUUAUUUUUAUUAUUGUAGAACAAAUUUUUAUUUGCCACUGUACAUCACCAGAUGUCGAAGUUUUUUUUUUUUUUUUUUAAUAUUAAAUGUAUAUAAUUGA